UCAACUAUGUCCACCCACACCAACGUUCUUCUUCUCAUCACUCUUUGGGCUUCCAUGGAGGAUGGUUUGGCUCUCCCAGUGAUGAAACAGCUGGAAGUGGAGGCCGGGGACGGCGUCCCGACAGCGAGAGUGAGGACCAAACGCUGCGCCUGCAGCAGCCUGUUGGACUCUGAGUGCCACUACUUCUGCCACCUGGAUAUCAUCUGGGUCAACACACCUAGUAAGACGACAGUUUAUGGCCUCGGCAACGCUCUGUCCCGGCGCAGAAGGUCCCCUGGCCGCUGUACCUGCACCAACACUGAGGACCAAACCUGUACCAACUUCUGCCAUAACAGCCCUGAAAUCCCAUCCCCAAAGAGACCUCAACGUCAUAUACUCAGAAUCCUAAGAGAUGCAGCCAGCAGGUCCAAGAGAGCUCAGGAUUCCCCUGAUUCACCCAGAGAUGAGUUAUCUGAGGGGAAGACCGCACGCUAA